AUGAAUUUUUGGCUUUAUUUGGUUCUUAUAAUUUUGAUUUUAUCAUUCUACAUUAUACGUAGGAUUUAUAAACCUCCUGAAGGAUUAGAUUUCAUUCCAACUGUUUCUUUCUUUAAGCUCCUUUUAAUUUUGUUUCGUAAUAAAGACCAACAGUAUGAAAUUCAAAAACUUAUUUAUGAGUCAGAUCAUGAUAAAAUUGGUUUAGUAAAAGUUGCAUAUUCUCUUCCAAAAGGCGAAUUACCUGAAAACCAUCCAACAAAUCUUUUUUUUGGAAAAGGAAUAUCAUUCUCGAAUGGAGAUCGCUGGCUACAACAACGAAAACUAGCAACACCAGCGUUUAAUCGAGCACUUCGUCCUGAAAUGGUUUGCGAAUGCACUGAUAACUUUAUUACUUUAUUAAACAAAUGGACCGAUAUUCCGAUAGAUGUUUUUUCAUUAAUGCAACGUGUUACUAUUCAAGUAUUAGGAAAAUUGGCUUUUGCAUAUGAUAUGAAAGCAUUAGAGAACUUGGAGGAACAACCAUAUUUUUUAAAAUCAUAUAGUAAAAUUAUUCACUUUCUUACAGAACCGGUUACUGCUUUAUUUCCAUUUAUGAAUUCACUUCCUCUUAAAAAAAAUAUUGAACACUCUUUAUUAAUUAAAGAGUUUGACAAAUUUUUAUUUAAAAUGAUUGAGCAACGAAAAUUUGAAAUGUCUAAAGCCAAAAGUGAUGAUGAGAAUACUGAUUUAUUGGCUGGAAUUUUAGAAGCUGCUAAAAAUGAAGAAUACAUGUACACUAAUAAAGAACUUAGAGAUGAUAUAGUUGAUAUGCAAAAAAAAGUUAGAGAAGAAGCACUGAAUGUUUUAGAAAGUGCUUCAAAAAUACCAACUUCUGAAAACCUUAAGGACCUAAAAUAUAUAACAGCAAUAAUUAUGGAAUCGCUCCGCAUUUAUCCUCCAGUAUUGCAGGUGCUAUUUCGUACUCCUACUAAGCCAUUAAAUUUAGCAAGAAAUAUUACAAUACCGGAAGGAGUAAAGAUCGCAGUAAAUUUAUGGCAAAUUCAUAGAAACCCAGAUCUUUGGAAUGAUGUUGAUAGGUUUAUACCUGAAAGAUUUAUGAAUCCUGAAAAAGAUAUAAGAAAUAAUUGGGCUCCAUUUUCUAGUGGACCCAGAAAUUGUAUUGGUCAAAAUUUUUCGAUGAUGGAACAAAAAAUUAUUAUUGCAAUGACAC